GCCUGCCCGCCUGCUAGGCGCCCCGAGCCCGCCCCGCCCGGGACUUCGCUGCUUCCUUUGUUCCAGUUUUGGCCCCUCCGGGGCAGCUCCGUGGCCGAGCCGCGGCCCGGGCCCCCCCUGAGAGCAGGCGGCGCUUGGGGCCGGUGGGGGUGAGCUGGUGGCCGGUGAGCUGCGAUGUACCCCCAAGGCAGGCACCCGGCGCCCCACCAGCCUGGCCAGCCGGGCUUCAAAUUCACGGUGGCUGAAUCCUGCGAUAGGAUUAAGGAUGAAUUCCAGUUUUUGCAAGCCCAGUAUCACAGUCUUAAAGUGGAGUAUGAUAAGCUUGCCAACGAAAAGACAGAAAUGCAGCGCCAUUAUGUUAUGUACUACGAAAUGUCAUAUGGUUUGAAUAUUGAAAUGCACAAACAGACCGAGAUUGCUAAAAGAUUGAACACAAUUCUAGCUCAAAUCAUGCCUUUUCUGUCACAAGAGCACCAACAGCAGGUUGCCCAGGCUGUUGAGCGUGCCAAGCAAGUGACAAUGACAGAGCUGAAUGCUAUCAUCGGGCAGCAGCUCCAGGCCCAACACCUCUCCCAUGCUGCUCAUGGCCCCCCGGUCCAGCUGCCUCCUCACCCUUCAGGCCUUCAGCCUCCAGGAAUCCCUCCUGUCACGGGGAGUAGCUCAGGACUGCUGGCUCUCGGGGCCCUUGGGAGCCAAGCCCACUUGACCGUUAAAGAUGAGAAAAACCAUCACGACCUGGAUCACCGAGAGCGAGACUCAAAUGCAAAUAAUUCUGUCUCACCAUCAGAUAGCCUGAGAGCUAGUGAGAAACACAGGAGUUCUACAGACUACAGCAUCGACGCCAAAAAGCGGAAAGCAGAGGAGAAGGACAGCAUGAGCCGCUAUGACAGCGACGGUGACAAGAGCGAUGACCUGGUGGUCGACGUCUCCAAUGAGGAUCCAGCUACACCCCGUGUCAGCCCAGCCCACUCGCCGCCUGAGAACGGGAUAGACAAAACCCGAGGGCUGAAGAAAGAUGCUCCAAACAGCCCUGCUUCCGUCGCCUUGUCCAGCAGUACGCCGUCCUCGAAGACUAAAGACCUGGGCCAUAAUGACAAAUCAUCCACGCCUGGGCUCAAGUCAAACACUCCUACGCCGAGGAAUGAAGCCCUGACUCCUGGGACGAGUACCACUCCAGGCCUUCGGUCUGUGCCGGGCAAACCAGCGGGCAUGGACCCAUUGGCAUCUGCCCUGAGGACCCCCAUCUCCAUCACUGGCCCCUAUGCGGCUCCCUUCGCCAUGAUGGGACACCAUGAAAUGAACGGCUCUCUGACGAGUCCGGGGGCCUAUGCGGGGCUCCACAACAUCCCGCCCCAGAUGAGCGCCGCCGCUGCCGCCGCCUAUGGCCGAUCGCCAAUGGUCGGCUUUGACCCGCAUCCGCCCAUGAGGGGCCCUGGUCUCCCCACAAGCCUUGCAUCCAUACCUGGCGGGAAGCCAGCCUACUCGUUUCACGUAAGUGCUGAUGGGCAGAUGCAGCCGGUCCCAUUCCCCCAUGAUGCCCUUGCUGGCCCCGGCAUCCCAAGGCACGCUCGGCAGAUCAACACGCUGAGUCACGGGGAGGUGGUAUGUGCUGUGACCAUUAGCAAUCCAACCAGACACGUGUACACCGGAGGAAAGGGAUGUGUGAAGAUCUGGGAUAUCAGCCAGCCAGGCAGUAAGAGUCCCAUUUCGCAGCUGGAUUGCUUGAACAGAGACAACUACAUCCGUUCCUGCAAACUCCUCCCCGACGGCCGCACCCUGAUUGUGGGAGGGGAAGCGAGUACGCUUACGAUCUGGGACCUGGCUUCCCCGACGCCAAGGAUCAAGGCUGAAUUGACCUCCUCUGCCCCAGCAUGCUACGCUCUGGCAAUCAGCCCUGAUGCAAAAGUCUGCUUCUCCUGUUGCAGCGACGGCAAUAUUGCUGUGUGGGAUCUCCACAACCAAACGCUGGUUAGGCAAUUCCAAGGCCACACAGAUGGCGCAAGCUGCAUAGAUAUCUCGCAUGAUGGUACAAAGUUAUGGACAGGUGGCCUGGACAACACAGUGCGUUCCUGGGACCUUAGGGAAGGAAGACAGCUCCAGCAGCAUGACUUCACUUCCCAGAUCUUCUCGCUGGGUUACUGCCCCACCGGUGAGUGGCUUGCCGUGGGCAUGGAGAGCAGCAACGUUGAGGAAGGUUAG